UUUAUUAUUUUUUUUUUUUGUAAUCUUUCAAUAAGCAUGAGCGACUAUGACGAUUACUUGAAUAUAACUGUUAUUCAAGAAAAUAAACCAGUUACAUAUAAAUCCUUGGCCAGAUCUUUAGGAAUUCAUGUUAAUACAGCAAAACAGGUUUUAUAUGAUUUUUCAAAGAAGCAAGUAAAUGUUCAUGCUGUUUAUUGUAUUACAGGAAGAGUUUUACAGAAUAAUCAUUUCACCAUCCAGCUUGUAAAAGAUUCAGAUCUUGAAGAAACUAAGAAAAAAUACAAAGAAAUUACGGGACUUCAUGUUUACAGUCUGACGUCCUUUAAUCCAGAUGAUUUUUCUAUUUUGUAUACAGCUUGUAAGGAAGCACCUAGAUUAGCAAUUGAAGAUCGUGUUAAAUGUGGCAUUCUAAAAAAUACGAAUGCUCGUUUAAAGAAUAUUGCAUCAAAUCGUUUAUCCGAAAAGAAAGACCAGCCUGUUAUUAAAAGCAAUGUAACCACAAACACAAUAAAUACUAAGCCUAUUAUGACGACGACAACUCCCAAAUCCACUACUACUACUAAUGCAGUGAAAAGAAAGGGCACUUUGUCAUUUGGGCCAGCAACCACAAAGAAACAAGCUAUCUCUACUCCAAAGGCCAACAAAUCUAGUGCAGAACAGAUCGAAAAGACCACAGCAAGUAGUAAAAAGAUAGCUGAUGAGCCUAAAACCAAAGACGAGAAUGAAAAACGUAUGGCGAAAACAUCAAUUAAAGCUUCAGAUAUUUUCUCAGAUGAUGAAGAUGAACAUAUGAGUAAGCCUUUACCUAUUGAAGAUAUGAAAACAGAAGAAAAUGAUGAUGAUAUUGUUAUGGAAGAUGUGGAAAAUAAUAAAGAACAGACAAGAGCAAGCAAUGAAAAUAUACAAACCGUUUCAAACACUACAUCAUCAUCUUCAAAGACAAGAAAAAAAGUCCUUAAGAAAAAGACGACUCGAAAUGCCCGUGGAUUUCUUGUUACUGAAGAAGUAUGGGAAUGGGAAUCUGCUGAUGAAAACGAGACCGAUUCAACUCCUACCACACUCAAUAAACCAUCAAAGCCUGUCACUAAUAGUUCAAAAAAUGCAGCUAAAAAGGAUACACCUACUCCUAAGAAAUCAACAGCACAAUCUAAUUUAUUGAGUUUUUUCAAAAAGGCAUAAUUAACAUAUUUUAUAAAACAGCUUCAUUUUAAUAAUAAUAAAAAUAGUCUCUGUUAAUGACAGAUGGUAUUUAUGCUUAUAUAAAUAACUUUUGAUACUAUAGACU